AUGACCAAUUUCGACAACACGAUGUCAAACGAAUACAAGAAACCAACAAGGUAUGUUCCUGGGCCAAAUGACCCAUUGCUACCGCCUCAGUUAUCUGAUUUCAAAGACAAAUCUACUGAUGAGGUAAUGCAGGAAUUGAAUAGAAUGCCGUUUUUCAUGACACAGUUGGAUAACUCAGACGGUGACGGUGGUGAGAACGUAGAACUGGAAGCACUGAAGGCAUUGGCAUAUGAAGGUGAGCCCCAUGAGAUUGCCGAAAAUUUCAAAAACCAAGCUAACGACUUAUACAAAGUGAAAAGAUUUAGAGACGCCAGAGAGCUCUACACCAAAGGCAUCAAAGUGUUCUGUGAAGAUAAAAGUAUUAAUGAAUCACUUUUUGCCAACAGGGCCGCUUGUGAAUUGGAACUGAAAAACUAUAGAAGCUGUGUGGCGGACUGUCAAAAGGCUAUGGAAAUAAAUCCAAUGAAUUUGAAGUGUUUUUACAGAAUGGGGAAGGCAUUUCUGGCACUUGGCAAAUUUAAAGAAGCUCAUGACGCUGUUUCGUUUGGGCUGAAAAUUGAUGAAGAGAAUGUCCCACUGAAGAAUCUUUUGGCUGUUAUUGCUAAAAGGGAAACGGAAAGGAAGGAAUAUGAUGAAAAGAAAUUAAAAGAAAAGGAAUUCCAAGAGAACAAGAAACUUCUGCUCAAAGAUGCUUUAGAAUUGAGAAACCUUACCAACUUGAAAACCAGCAAACGCUCUGCACUACUAGGCGAUGCUCACAUCAAGUUAGAGGAUCCCAUGGAUUUCGAAUCACAAGUGAUUUAUCCAGCUCUGGUGAUGUAUCCAACCACCAACGAGUUUGAUUUUAUAGCAGAAGUAGGUGAAUUAACCACCGUUCAGGAGCUACUGGAUCUCGUUAUGGAUAGGCCACAGGAGUGGUUUGAUAUGCCUAACCAUCAAAAUUUCUCGGCAAAGAAACUCGUUGCAUAUAUGGAAACCAAAAGUGGUGGAUUAAUUAAAGCUGGGAAAAAGCUUUCCUUCCACGAUAUAUUGAAGAAGGAAACACCCGACGUUCCUGUCCUGGAUGAUGCCAUAAAAAUAUAUUUCGUUCCAAAAGUGGAUUCCGAAGAAUGGGUAUCCAAAUGGGACAAAUCUGCUAUAUUAGCGGCAAGAUCUGGUUGA